AUGAGUGAUGCGAAAACGGUCGACGGGGCAGAAGGCAUGAUUUUUGAAAUUCUAAAGAAGUCCUUAGAUGGCACAUCUGCAGCUCGCCUUGGAAGACUGAGUAUUCCUAAGCGGAAUACUAUCGAGACGCCAAAUUACUAUGCCGUCGCCUCGAGAGGUGUACUUCCUCAUGUUACGCCCGAUAAUUUGAAGAAGCAUGCUUCUUUCAGUGGAGCGUACAUGGCGCUCGAGGAUUUCAUUGAGAAGAAGAACCCUUCAGCGCUCUCAAUACCUUCGCCUAACAAGAAGCCACUCCACACCUUUUCCUGCCUGCCCGAAAGCAUAGCUACGGUUCUUGCUGCCAGGAGAUGCCCGGCGGUUAAGACUCCCGUGGGCAAUGGCGCAAAGUACGUGGCCAUCUUUACCUCGACCGGCUUCAGGAACCUCUCCACCGACGAGUAUUGUGCGGCCAUUGAGACGCUGAAGCCUGACAUCGCCAUCGGCCCCGCUGAUCUGUUCCACGCGAGCACGAUGCCGGCCUCAAAGAAGCUCGUUCGCAUGGCCGAGCGGACUGAGGAAUGGACCGACGUAUUUCUGACGCCCAAGAGGCGCGAGCUUCUCAAGGAGUCUGGCGUUUCGGUUUUCGCGCCUGUUCUUGCGGUGCCGUUUCCUAUGCAGUGGGAAUACCUUCGCCAUCUGGCGGACGAUGUCAUCGAAUCACUUUCGGGACUGGCUCUCUACGACGUUGAUAUCUUGCCCGACAUCGAGGACAAAUACAAACCCCUGGUUUCUCUUCCCCGCCUCUCCUUGCACAUUCCUGAUACUCCGCAAGCCAUUCUCCGACAAAUCUCCUUGGGGGUCGACAUCUGCACGAUACCGUUCAUCAAUGCCAUCUCGGACGCAGGUGUAGCGCUGUCCUUCACUUUCCCCCCACCCGACAGCCAAAGCAAUGCUGUCGAGCCUCUCGGCGACGACAUGUGGGCUCCAGAAAACGAGGUGGCCGUGAAACCCCUCGCCGAGGGCUGUAAGUGCUACGCCUGCACGACACAUCACAAGGCCUUCCUCCACCACCUCCUAAACGCCAAGGAGAUGCUUGGCUGGACGCUGCUGCAGAUUCACAACCAUCAAGUGAUGGCCGACUUCUUCGCCGGUAUCCGGGCGACCCUCGCAAAGGGCGCCUCGGAGUUUGAAGAGCAGUCGAAGCGCUUCACCGCGGCGUACGAGGCGGAGCUGCCGCAGGGUACGGGAACGAGACCGAGGGCGAGGGGCUACCACUUCAAGGGCGAGGCGAAUCCUAGCAGGAUCAAUCCGCCGGCGUGGGUCGAUUUCGCUGCGGACGGGGAGGGUGUCGCGGCUAAGGCGAACGGGGCGGAGGCAGCGGCGGAGGGUAUGGAGACGCCGCUUGUGCCAGAUUUGGGCUCGCUGGAACUUGAGGAGAAGGGAUUUGCUGAGGUUGCUAGCAAAAACUAG